AUGACCGUAUUGCAACCACCGUCUAGCGUUUGUUAUCCGCUCAACCUCCCUAUUGUGCCAAAUCCAAAUUUAGAUGAAGCAACGAGAAAGAAGCUUACGUUAGAAUGCAGAACUGGUGCUGCAGUAGAACUAGUCCGCUCAGGCGUCUUUGUUCAUGGUGGUCUUACAUUACCUUUAAAUUUGGCCAUCAUAAAUUCCCUACAAUUACAGAAAGAGCUGAUACUAUAUUUUGGGAAGCAGAAACAUAGAAAUGCGGAUUUUAAAACGUUAGCUGAUUGGAUAAGCCCUGAAAUAUUCUUUCUUGAUUUAAUUUCAAGAACAUGGCAAAGAAUAAUCACUACUGUAGAUACCACUUCAGAAAAUGAGUCGAACAACGAUUAUCACUUCAAAGAGAGGUUGCUUCAUUCGAUGUGCUUUACAGAAUCUAAUAUUUAUAUCUUUGGGGGUCUGAUAGUUUCACCUCAUAAUGGCUAUGAACUCAUAGCGACAAACGAGUUAUGGAAACUGGAUUUGAAGACAAAGUGUUGGACUUUGGUAAGUGUAAAUCCUCAAAUAACAAGACGAUUCAAUCACAGCAUGCACAUUCUAAAUGAAAAUAAUGAAAAGCAAGAUACGAAACUAAUUAUAGUAGGUGGUUUAGAUAAUAUGGAUAUUCCUGUCAAAAAAAUUGAUAUAUUCAAUUUACGUACGAAUUCAUGGGAAUCGGAAUCAAAAUCGGACGAAAAACCAGAUUCAAAGCGAUCAUCAAAGAUAUUGGUUAAUAUUGAUGGAAUGCCAAUUUCUCUAUCUCACGAUUCGAAUUUUUCAGUCCUUAUUGAGAAUAAUGAAGCGGAAAUUCCUACACUGGCGUUAUAUUGCCCUCAACACGAUUCAAACACUUCUAGAAGGGGAACUGACGAUAACAGCUUUUCCAAUAAUACUCAUAAGUUGGAUGAUCAAUCAAAACUACCCAAACAACAACAACAACAUCAUCAUCACGGCAAUCUUAAGUACUUCGAAAGCGAUGAUGCAGAUUACAAUGCAGUCAAGACACUCAUGUCGCCCAUUGUAAUCUUGCCGUUACUUGGAAACUCUCAGGGUGCUAGGAUGACAUCAAAUCCUACACAAAACAACAAAGAAAACUCUGUUCUACAAAUACCCUUUCACUUACAAUAUCCCUCUGGUAAUUACUUUAAUUAUAAUAUCGUCGUAACAGGAUUCUAUCCAGAUCCCCGAUCUUCCAACCUGUAUUGUUUCGUUUAUAAUAUCGCUAGUGGCAAAUGGAUUAGAGUAAACAUAGUAUGCACUGGAUGUAGUGUGGGUAUGCACAGAUUUUGGAAACUUUUGAUCUGGAAAUCUCAUCAUCAAGCUUUAUUGCUUGGUACUAAAUCAGAUGAUUUUUAUUCACCUAGUGUUCAAAAAUUCGAUCACAUUUUAGCAUUUUCUCUACCAAUGCUAAAUGGUUACAAUAAAUUAGUGAACACAAAACACAACAGCGCCAGUAGUGGCAUACCCAAUCAUAACUCAAAGUUGAGUUUAAAUCUCUAUAAUCACCUUACAUUCUCUAACUUACCAACAAUUGGGCAGAAAACACCGUACGCUAUAACUCAAGAACAUUCCUUUGAUGACUCGAGGCUUCCGGGUUUGACUUCAAGCACGACCUCACAAUUUGAAAAUUACUCAAGAUACAUUACUGUCCCAUUAGAAAUGGAAUCGACCAGCUCUAUAUUUCCGCCAUAUGCUAUGGUUUUAGGUAAAGAUGCUUUAGAGAUAUUUGGCAAGACGUUAUCCGAUUUUGAAUUUAUUACUGCUGAUGGUGAUUCUAUUGGUGUACCAGUAUAUUUGUUAAGGAAAAGAUGGGGAAGAUACUUUGACUCACUUUUAUCUAACGGUUAUGCAAAUACAUCAUUUAAUUAUGAGUUCAAUGGUGACCCUUCUAACAUCAUAAGCUUUCCACCUCACACUACCUCAAAGACCACCAAGAUUGGUAACUCGAGCCGGUCAUCUAACGGCUCCUUAGAAAAAUACUUUACAAAAAGUGUUGAUAAUAAAUCAAACAGUAACACAAGUCUUAAAAAACCGCAUAGCGUUGACUUUGCGUCAUCAACAUCAUCGCCUAAGCAGCGGGCCCUUUCGCAUAGUAAAUUAUCCCCCUCAGAACCAACUUUCUUUACGGAUGAUAGGGGGAGUCGAUCAAAUAAUUUAAAACAAGAUAAAACUGUCGACGUUAGUCUGCAAGAAACAGAUACAUCUAACAAAAAGCCAAUCUCAACCACUUGUUCCUCUACUGGUAUGGUCUUUAGAGUUCCCUUUCAAGAUACAAGAAAUUCAAAGUUAGGACUUUCUGAACACUCUGGUGUCUCUGCUCGGGCAAGCUCUGCUUCACCCCCUCCAGUAUACGGAAAACCUACAAACAAUGAUAAUAAUAGCAAUCGUACACUCUCCAGUACCCCCCCAUUUUUCCAGGGAGCCUCCAUAGUAGGUGCUACGAGAAAUAAUUCGAUAGACGACAACUUUUCAUCCAUUCGGCGUGCCUCACAUCCUCUUCAAUCUCACAUCAUAGCCAAAUCUUCACCCAAUAGUAUAUCAAAAGCUGGCUUCGCUGAACAAACUUCAUCACGUCGAAAAUCAUCCGCAUUAAGGUUUAUAGCUAGUCCGCAUCAGUCGAGGCAAACUUCAUUUGCUUCUACUGCUAGUACCGCCUCUGUUGUUAGUUCCACAUCAGGAAGAAGGCGAAACUCGAACCAGGUUUCUCAUUUAGGAGGAUCUGCAAGUUCUUCUAGCUCGCCUGUUUUACCAGUGUUGAAUAUCCCAUUGCCCCCACAGGAAAAGAUUCCGUUAGAACCGUUACCGCCAGUGCCAAAAGCGCUUUCAAGAAGGAGCAGUUCCCUGGCAGAUUACCUUCAGUUUGGUAGAGAUAGCCCGAUGACGUCAAGAAGGUCUUCUCACUCAACUAGAAAAUCGAGUUCUUCAGAUGCGAGACGCAUUUCUAACUCUUCUUUACUGAGAAGUACUUUAGAUUCGCAAUUACUGAAUAAUAGUUGUGGCAGUGAUAUUCCUUAUGAAGCAAGUGUCCAAGAUUAUGGUAUGAGUAACGGGACAGGCGAAGUAGAAGAUGAAGAUAAUGAAGACUAUAGCUGUGUUUCACCUUCUAAUAUAAAACCCAUCUUUUCCACCAUUAAUGCAAUUAAUAUAAAUGGAAAUUUUAAAGAAGGUGAAUUCCUUUCUUCGAAAUCGUACAUUAAUAGUGAGAAAGGUAGAAGACUCUCUUAUAUUUCAAACCCCGAAAGUGUAGAAAGUACGAACUCGAACAAUAACGCAAUUAUCGAACUCGAACCCCUAUUAACACCAAGAUCAUUGUACAUGCCUUGGUCUACUGCCUCUGUAAGAGCGUUUGCAGAGUUCUUUUAUACCGCACAAAUCAACGGUAAGUGGCUAUUAGCACCUGUGACUUUGGACCUUCUUGUUAUGGCCAAAAUAUAUGAAAUUCCGAUUCUAUACGAGCUGAUAACAGAAGUAAUGUAUAAAAUAAUCAGCAAAAAGGAAGAAAGUCUUUCAGUUACUUGCCAGGCAAUUCUGAAUUUGCUCCAACAAAAGGUCUCAAGAUACUGCAAUGAAAAUGAAGGCAAAAUAAAGAAAACAUUAUAUUCCAACGACUUAUAUCAGGACACCCUAGAGAUUAAACGUUCCCUAGCAAAUAUAGAUAACGGAUACAUUGAUUUAUACCUUUUACGGAACACUUCCAUGGCACAAUCCAUACAUUACACAGACGACAGCAAUGGUGACACUGAGACAGAUAUACAUCACACGAGAGUUUCCAGUAUAGGAUCACUUGCCAAUAGGGCUGUUCCUACUGUUUUCGCUGGUGGCCCCAGGAACAGCCAUAAUUCGAUCGGGUCAAUCGCAUUUCCAAUUAGUACGAGUGUUCAAAAUUCUCGCCGCUCUGUAUCGUUAUUUAGCCCAGCAGUGAAGAAGAAAUCCAGCUUAAGUAGAGAAACAGAUCCACUAGAUAUCUCUAAUCGAAUAGUCGAUGAUCUGGAAACCCCCAAUUCUCAACACGAUAUCAGCAGUAAUUCAGCAAAAGUUGCUAACGAUAAAGAGGAACAAAACGAACAAGCUACGCUCCAGAAUAUGUCAAACUUAGAUAAAAGUAAGAUAGAAACAUCACAGAGGAGAAAGUACGACUGUACAGAAGACUUGGACAGUAAUGCUGAUCCCUUAAGGAACAACGAAAUACAAAACAGUUCUAAUUCAUCAAAUCUAAAUACAGACUUGUUUACUCAUGAUUGUUUUGAUAGUGAUUCAGGUUCCUCCUUUCGCUCUGAUUCAGAUGAUCUUGACUCACAGCUAGGUAUUUUACCUUUCACAAAAAUGAAUAAAAAACUACAAGAGCAGACAUCUCAGGAAUUCGAUGAUUCCAUCGAUCCUCUUUAUAAAAUUGGACCCAGCACUCCAGGUUCGUCGAGAUUUCAUGGAUCAUUUUCCAAGUAUAUCAAGCCUAGUUCGCAAAGGGAGGACAGUCCGGAGUAUGUUAACAUCUCUAGUUUGGAAAAUAUGGUUUCGCCCAAUGCACUACCCCCUGUCGACUAUGUCAUGAAGUCUAUUUAUAGGACUUCCGUUUUGGUCAACGACAAUAACCUGAUGACUCGCACGAAAGAAGCAAUUGAGCUAUCUAAAAUUUUGAAAAGGUUGAAAAAGAAGGUAUUGCAAGAUAUCUCACAAAUGGAUGAUGAAAUGAGAGAGGCUGGUAAACCAACUUUUGCACGUGGAUCUUCUUCCCCUACCUUGAGUAGGCAACAUUCUGAUAUCGCAACACCUUUGAAACAGCAAACAAAUACAAGGCCAGCCUGGAAAGUGGCAUCUAGUUCGCCAAUUUCAGAAGGAUUUAGAAAAUCGUCAAGCAAAUUCGCACAGGUACCUUCUACUCAGGUCUCGCCCAGAACAUCAGUUACUGAUUUUACUGCAUCUCAACAACGUAGACAACAUACGAAUAAAAGGUUCAGUACUCAGACGACGCAUUCUACAUCCUCUCUAUUCAUGAAUCCUGCUUUUAUGCCUCCUGCAGUGACGACUGGGCACAAGGAGAGCGAAGGACAUAAAGAGAAUGCAUUUGCGGGUACCAACAAAGCAAACGAAAAAGAUGGGACAACUUCAAGCGAGAACGAUAAUAGUAACUCAUUUCCUUUCUUCGGUAAACGGAAGUAA